AUGGCGGCGCGGGUGGCUGCGCGCAGGGCCGCCGUGCUGGAGGCGCCCCCGCAGCCCGAGCAGAUUUCUCACACAAAGCUUUCAGCAGAUGACACAUGGAACCUGCAGCAGGAGAGGAUGUACCAGAUGCACCGAGGCCACGACUCCAUGCACGUGGAGAUGAUUCUGAUCUUCAUCUCGGCCCUGGUGGUCGCCCAGGUGGCGCUGGUGCAGUGGCGACAGAGGCACGGCCGCUCCUACAACCUGGUGACCUUGCUGCAGAUGUGGUUUGUCCCUCUGUAUUUCACCGUUAAGCUUUUCUGGUGGCGGUUUCUGUCUCUGUGGAGCAUGUUUUCUCUUGUGACCAGUUAUGUCCUCUUCAGAGCCACGCGAAAGCCUCUCUCGGGAGCAACGCCACGAUUUGUCUACAAAUGGUUUCUUCUCAUCUACAAAUUGAGCUAUGCCUUUGGUGUUGUGGGCUAUUUGGCGAUCAUGUUUACAAUGUGUGGAUUCAACUUACUUUUCAAAAUCAAAGCCAGAGAUUCCAUGGAGUUUGGCAUCGUUUCCUUGUUCUAUGGGCUCUACUACGGCAUCAUGGGGAGAGACUUCGCUGAGAUCUGCUCCGAUUUCAUGGCUUCUACUAUUGGGUUCUACAGUGUCAGCGGGAUGCCCACCCGGAGCCUGGCAGACAACAUCUGCGCCGUGUGUGGGCAGAAGAUCAUCGUGGAGCUGGAGGAAGAAGGGCUCAUCGAGAACACCUACCAGCUGCCGUGCCACCACGUCUUUCAUGAAUUCUGCAUCCGAGGCUGGUGUAUUGUUGGAAAAAAGCAGACCUGCCCAUACUGCAAAGAGAAGGUUGAUCUAAAGAGGAUGAUCAGUAACCCCUGGGAGCGCACACACUUUCUGUAUGGACAGAUCCUGGACUGGCUUCGUUACCUGGUAGCCUGGCAGCCGGUGGUGAUUGGCGUCGUUCAAGGCAUUAACUAUUCCCUAGGGCUGGAAUAGUAAGUACCACGGACGCAGUGGACUGCAGGGCAGGAAUAGUUUUAAAUCCUUGGUCUUACGUGCAGUAGGAAUAUUUCAUUCUAGAAAUAAUCUGAAGAGUUCAGAAUACUACCAACUAAAAAUAAAUAAAGGAAAAUGUAACAUUUGGUGUCACCCUAGAGCAAGUUAUCUCUGUGGAAAUAACUGAAGAGAAGCUGAACAAUGGAUUCAGCAAAUAAACGAUGCUGUUUCAUCUUUCCUCUUACAACUGCUUUC